CGGCGGUUUCCUUUGGGCCACCAAUGUGUAACCAAAUCGACCGAUUAUGGUAAUAACAAAUACGAAGCGGAAGCGGCGGUCGACACAGAAAAAUACCCGCCGCCCCCUACGUUCCGCUGUACCUCCAAGUCGAAUCGCUCCUACCCACAAUUACCAACGCUUUCCCUUGGAACUCAUCGAUAACAUUAUUUUCUAUCGGGGUCGUAUAACCGUAUUCUCUCACAUGGGCAGGCCCGCAUGAAAAAUCUGCACCACUGCAAUCGUCUGUCGGAUAAGGUUCAUGAUAUAUUCCGUCGUUACGGCCCUUCAAUGAUCCAGGAUAAUUAUAAUCUGUGCAAUUAUACGUCAUUCCACUACGGUACCUAUCGACGGGCACGCUAUUUUUACGUUGGGCACGCGGAUUUAAAGGCGGUCGUGUUUCGCCUCUUGUUCACAAACUCUUUCCACGAAUGUCGUCAAAAAUUGUAUCUGGCCUCUUACUGUUCGGUUUCGCUCAGAUUCAGUCGGUUGUAGGAUGUGGGGAUGCACCGGGACACGUCCAUUCUCUUCGAGCGAGACAACCACCACCCACUAUUCCACCCUCGCGUCCUUUGGAAUGGGGGGAUAUCAAUAUCAUUCAAACGACGGAUACCCAUGGCUGGUUGCUUGGACAUCAAAAGACCUCGUUUCCUGAGCCUAACUACAGUGCGGAUCUGGGCGACUUCGCUUCCUUCGUCACUCACAUGAAGGAGAUUGCACUGGAAAAAGAUGUAGACAUUCUUUUGGUUGACUCUGGAGACUUGCAUGAUGGAACUGGCCUCUCGGAUGGCUUUCCGCCGGGUGGGGUUGAUGGUCGGGAGUCAAAUGAGUUCCUGAAACAACUUCCUUACGACGUGAUGGCGAUUGGAAAUCAUGAGCUGUACAUCUACAACAUCACACGGGAUAUGCACGAAAACUUCGCACCUGCUCUCAAAGGUCGAUACCUCUCAUCGAACGUAAAUAUCACAAUCACGGAUGAGGGAAACAACACUCGUGAUGUCCCUGUCGGUAGCCGAUUCGCAAAAUUCAAAACAAGGAAAGGUCGAUCUGUGACCGCGCUUGGUGUUAUGUUCGAGUUUACCGGGAACGAUCAUGACACGACAGUGCAGAAGGUGGCGGAUAUGGUAGAGGAGCCAUGGUUCUUAGAGGCAAUCCGGGACGAACCGGACAUCUUCCUCCUCGCAGGCCAUAUGCCUGUGGCUCGGGAUAAAUGGCCUGUAGUCUUUGACGCAAUUCGGGCCGUGCACCCAACGACACCAAUCUUGAUCGCAGGAGGCCAUUCGCACAUCCGGGACUGCUUGCAACUCGACGGCCGAUCCAUAUCCCUUCAGAGCGGAAGGUACAUGGAAACUAUCGGUUGGAUGAGCGCAAAGCUGAACGUGGACAAGACAAAGAACAUUACCUUCAGCAGACGGUACUUGGAUGCAAAUCGCGUCACAUACGAGUUUCAUACAAAGAAGAAAAACGCUACGUUUGAUACCCCAAGGGGUCUCGCCAUCAGGCAGGGUUUGGAGGACCUUGUGAAGAAAUUCAACCUUGAUUUUCUCUACGGGACAGCUCCUCAGGACUACAAAGUUUCCGGGGCACCCUAUCCCUCCAACGGGUCCAUACUCUCUCUAUUUGCUGAACAAGCCGUCCCCGUCGCGCUAGCGAUCAACAACACUCGCGCCGACAUCCCCAGCUAUCUCAUCAUUCAAGGCGGCUCCUUACGAUACGACAUCUUCGCAGGCCCAUUUACAAAGAACGACCAACUUACCGCAUCUCCAUUCACCAACGCGUUCGUUUUCAUUGCAGGCGUGCCAUUACGCGUUGCUAUGGAGGUCUUACCCAUCCUCAACGGUGACGCCCCCGCACCAGCAGGGGUGAACAAACGACGUGCAAAUGAUGAUGACCUUUAUGCUCGUGGAGAGGUUGAAUCUAUGUACCGAGCUUGGUUGGAGGACAUGUACCGGAACCAUCUUGAGGAAAUGCUAAGAGCUAGAUCGGUAGCUGAGGAUCAGAAUCAGAAUCAGAAUUUGACGUUGGGGUAUGUUACACAAGAUGCAUGCCCCGGAAUCGGAGAUGACAUCCCCCACACCCCUCUCCAAGUCUUCCCUCUCCCAGAUGUCAUUUCCUCCCAGCCACCAAAGGUCGCUACGAACGACAGCUUGAUCGAUUUCGUGUUUUCUGAUUUCAUUCAACCGGACGUGUUGGAUGCUUUGAACGCGGUUCAGAAGGAUAGAGUAUUUACGAAUGGGGAUGUUGAGUCUUAUAGUCCGUUCUUGUUCAAGGAUGUUCUGGGGCUUUUUGCUCAGGAGGUUUGGAAUUAGUGGAAGGUGGUUCUACUUAUGUACCCUGGAGAUAACGGAUGGUACCAUCUAAGAACAAUUCGUUUCCCCUAUUGCUCAGUGCCACUGUCAUAAUUCUCGUUUGUGUUAUGGUUAUGG